CAAUCAAACUGUCAAAAAAGUUGCUGCCUCUGCCUCUCCCUCUUGGAGUUUGUUGUUGUUAUUUUUAAUUUUAAUGCGAUUAUUUUCUAAGAAGAGGCACUAGAUCGCUUGUAAAAUGGAGUCGAAUGUGCCUGCAUCUUCUAAUCCCUCAAGAGCGACCAGAUUUAUGAUGGAAGGAGUAGGUGCCAGAGUAAUUCGUGGUCCAGACUGGAAGUGGGGCAAACAGGAUGGAGGUGAGGGCCACGUUGGAACUGUUCGUAAUUUUGAAUCUCCAGAGGAAGUAGUCGUGGUCUGGGACAAUGGGACCGCUGCUAACUACAGAUGUUCUGGAGCAUACGAUCUGCGGAUCCUCGAUAGUGCUCCUACUGGGGUCAAACAUGAAGGCACCAUGUGUGACACAUGCCGUCAACAACCUAUUUUUGGUAUUCGUUGGAAAUGUGCAGAAUGUAGUAACUACGACCUGUGUUCAGUUUGCUACCACGGAGACAAGCACCAGCUGAGGCAUAGGUUCUACAGGAUCAGUGCUCCCGGUGCCCAGCGGUGUCUGGUGGAGCCGAGACGGAAGAGCAAAAAACAGGCUGUUCGCGGUAUUUUCCCUGGAGCUAGAGUUGUUAGAGGGGUUGACUGGCAGUGGGAAGACCAGGACGGAGGCAAUGGGAGGCGCGGCAAAGUAAAUGAAGUGCAGGAUUGGUCAGCAGCCAGCCCACGAUCAGCUGCUUACAUUGUCUGGGAUAAUGGUGCCAAGAACUUGUACAGGGUUGGCUUUGAAGGCAUGGCUGAUUUGAAGGUUGUCAAUGAUGUUAAAGGACAAAAUGUUUACAAGGAGCAUUUGCCUCUGCUUGGGGAACUGGGCCCUGGACGCUCUGGUCCUCAUGGCUUGCAAAUUGGUGACCAAGUGAAUGUAGACCUAGAGCUCGAGAUAGUGCAGUCGCUACAGCACGGGCACGGCGGCUGGACGGACGGCAUGUUCGAGUGCCUCGGCGCCACCGGCACCGUCGUCGGCAUCGACGAGGACCACGACAUCGUGGUCUCCUACCCGAGCGCCAAUAGGUGGACCUUCAACCCCGCUGUGUUGACUAAGGUAUGCAGUGGCAACCUAAGCGCCUCUACCUCGACCGGCGGCGGCGGCGGCGGGUUCGCGGUGGGCGACCUCGUGCAGGUGUGCUCCGACCAGGAGCGGGUCAAGGUGCUGCAGCGCGGCCACGGCGAGUGGGCCGAGGCGAUGGCUCCGACCCUCGGCAAGAUAGGUCGCGUGCAGCAGAUCUACCACGACAACGACCUCAAGGUGGAGGUGUGCAACAUGUCGUGGACCUACAACCCCAACGCCGUCACCAAAGUCGCUUCUUCCGACGGCAGCAUGCCUGGGAACUCUUCAGGAGAGCGUCUAUCAGCGUUACUCAAGAAGCUAUUCGACUCGCACGUGUCAGGCGACACUAACGAGGAACUAGUGAAGGCGGCGACCAACGGCGACGCGGCGCGCUGCGCGGAGAUCCUGUCGCGGGCUGACGGCGCGCGCGCAGACGUCAAUGGCGUGUUCGGCGGACAUACUGCUUUACAGGCGGCCGCCCAAAACGGGCACGUGGAAGUGAUCAGAGUGCUAGUAGCGGCCGGGGCAGACGCCGACGCUGAAGACAGGGACGACGGCGACCGCGCCGCGCACCACGCCGCCUUCGGAGAUGAACCCGCCGCUCUGAAGGCAUUGGCUGCGGCUGGAGCUGACCUUAAUGCAAGGAAUAGGAGGCGACAGACGCCGCUGCAUAUGGCGGUCAAUAAGGGGCAUCUGGGGGUGGUCAGGACGCUGCUGCAGCUUGGAGUGCAUCCCAGUUUGCAGGACUCGGAGGGCGACACGCCGCUGCACGACGCCAUCUCCAAGAAGCGCGACGACAUGGUGGCGCUGCUGCUGGAGCACGGCGGUGACGUCACGCUCACCAACAGCGACGGGUUCAACGCGCUGCACCAGGCCGCACUGCGGGGAAAUGCCAGCGCAAUGAAGAUAAUCCUGGGCAAGCUGCCGCGGCCGUGGAUAGUGGACGAUGCGAAGGACGACGGCUACACGGCGCUGCACCUGGCCGCGCUCAACAACCACGUGGAGGUGGCCGAGCUGCUGCUGCGCGGCGGCGCGCGCCCCGACCUGCAGAACGCCAGCCAGCAGACCAGCCUGCACCUGGCCGUGGAGCGCCAGCACACGCAGAUCGUGCGCCUGCUGGUCGCGCACGGCGCCAGCCUCAACAUCUGCGAUAAGGACGGCGACACGCCGCUGCACGAGGCUCUCCGCCACCACACGCUGCAGCAGCUGCGGCGGCUGCAGGACCCGCCGGACGCGCCGCUGCUGCCCUCGCUGCACCACCACGACAAGAAGUCCUCCGCCUCCAUCGCCUGCUUCCUCGCCGCGCACGGGUCUGAUCUCACGCUUAAGAACAAGAAAGGCCAAACACCGCUAGACUUGUGCCCCGACUCGAACCUGUACAAGACCAUUACAACGUGCCGCAAAGAGGGCGCCACUGGGCUGCCGACCGAGGCGUCAGUUGAGGAGAGCUUAGCCAGUGUUCCCAGUUGUAGCACCAGCGUGGCCGGGCCCAGCGGAGUGGUCCCUGUCGCCAGCACGUCAGCCGCGGGCGACGCGCCGGCUGUCGUGGACAUAGGGCCCGUGGCCGACCCCACGACGGACGAAUGCCUCGUGUGUUCCGAUGCCAAGAGAGACACGCUGUUCCGCCCGUGCGGACAUAUCUGUUGCUGUAGCGCUUGCGCUGCGCGGGUGAAGAAGUGCCUGAUCUGCCGCGGCGGCGUGCGGUCGCGCGCGCGCGUGGGCUCGUGCGUGGUGUGCGGCGAGGCGCCGGCCGCGCCCGUGUGCGCGCCGUGCGGCGACGUCUGCGCCUGCGCCGGCUGCGCGCCGCUCGUGCGCAAGUGCGUCACGUGCCGCGCGCCGCUGCAGCCUGUAGCCAGUGGCAGUGGGCAGAGGGAUGUUCCAGUUCCAGUGGAAAAAGAAGGCAGCAGCAACCUAGCCCAGCUGACGGUGAACAAGGGUCAGCCGGCGCCCGCGCAGGCCGCACCGCACCUCAUGAACAACGGCUCGCGCUCGGGCCCCCCGCCCCCCGCGCCCCCGGCCGCCCCCGCCGCCGCACCCGCGCCCCCCGGCCCGCCCGCCGCGCCGCCCGCGCCCGACGUGCAGAAGCUGCAGCAGCAGUUGCAGGAUAUUAAGGAACAGACAAUGUGUCCGAUCUGCCUGGACCGGCUGAAGAACAUGAUCUUCCUGUGCGGGCACGGCAUGUGCCAGAUGUGCGGCGACCAGAUCACCGUGUGCCCCAUCUGCAGGAAGCAGGUCGAGAAGCGGAUCCUGCUGUAUUGAGCACAGGAGGUGAUGUGAGAUAAGUUGAGGUGGUAGAGAGAUGCUAGCGGUAGGUGUGUGUGGCAGAGUAGACGGCCUUCCACAUCAUGAAAAGGAAUAGUUAACUUUUUCUAUAGACAUGACUGUUCUUUCCCCACGGAUUUGGGAGAUCUCAAAAAAGGUUUCUGAGCGAAUGGAAACGUUGUGCAUGUGGUAGAAAAUAUAUAAAGGGAAGUCAGUUUAUCUCCUAAGUUGCCUUGCUAUAGGU